AUUGCUAAGCAAGUAAUCAUCAAAAAAUGGGAUAACAUCAAAACCUUUACCGACAUUCCGCUCGAUGACUUUUUAGAAGCAGUCGAAAUAACACUAAAAUCAACCUAUUUUGCAUACAACAAAGUUUUUUAUCAACAAAUCGACGGAUGCGCCAUGGGAGUUUCAAUUUCCAGCGCCAUCGCACAAAUUGUACUGGAAGAUUUGGAGGAGUCGGUCCUUAGCAAUGCCCUUUUUGACAUACCUUUUUUCUACAGAUACGUAGACGAUUGCAUAACGGCAAUACCAAAAAACAAACAACACGAAAUUCUUCAACUCUUCAACAGCUACCAUCAGAAAUUACAAUUUACAAUAGAAAUAGAGUCCCAAAGUAAAAUCAACUUUUUAGAUUUAACCCUUCAUAAUUUAAAAAAAGGAAUUAAAACCGAGUGGUACACUAAAGUGACCUGGUCUUCCAGAUACGUUAAUUUUAACUCCCAGCACCCUAUAUCGCAAAAAAAAUCCGUAAUUAUUGGCUUGGCUGACCGUGCAAUUAAACUCUCUGAUCCGGAUUUCAGAGAAAAAUCGAUUACUAAAGCAAAACAAGCAUUAAAACUAAAUAACUAUCCGGAACGAUUAAUUAACACCAUUUUCAAAAAACGUAUACACCUAUUCUAUAACCAAACUAAACAAAAAAGCAACACCCAGCAAAAACAAAAAAAAAAUUAUCUUUCGCUUCCUUAUAUACCCAGUAUGUCCGAAAAUUUUAGCAAAAUUUUUAUGAAUCACAACAUUACUAUUGCUCACAAAGGAUACAAUUUGGUAAAAAACAUUUUCAGUAAAUUAAAAGACAAGAUACCGGACGAAAAGAAGAGUCACGUCAUUUACGAGAUACCUUGCAACGAUUGUGAGGGUGUGUACAUCGGUCAAACAAGCCAGUAUCUUAAAAACAGAAUUAAUGGUCACAAAUACGACAAAAAAAAUACGACUGCCCUGAAGAGUCAUUGCGCGGAAACCAAGCAUUCUUUCAACUUUGCGAAAGUAAAAAUUCUAAAAACCGAAAAUAAUACAAAAAAAAGGGAAAUUCUGGAAAUGGUUGAGAUCCAAAAAAAUAAGAACUCUAUAAAUUCGAAAACAGACACCAACAAUCUCAGUAAGUUAUAUUGCAACAUUCUGAAAUAAAACAACAAUGGAAGUAACAACAUAGGGAUAUAUUAAUAUAAAAUUAUAAUAUAUAAAAAUAAUUUAAAAUAAAUAAAAGAAAAAAAUUAUAAAUUAACAAAAACACUCUGUAUAUCCUCUGAACCUUGCACCAAAACAAUCGUGCAUCGUACGAUGUUUUUACAGUAACGUCGACGCGAGCAAACCUCGCGUAUCGGUAUUAUUAUUAUUAUUAUUAUUUUAAACUCUUAUAUAUAUUUUAACUGUUUCGUUAAAUUUGUGUGUAUUAUGUGUGUGAGUGCCGUAUACAAAUCAUUUUUUGUUGGACUUUUAUCUUUUAUCAAGGGCACUAUGACAAAACCAAACGCUUUUAAAGUAUAAACUUUCAUAUGAUGCUACCUCUUCAAUUUUAAGAUUUGUGUUUGUCUCUUUUUGGUAAGGUUCUUUGUAAUUCCGUUGUGUAUAUGUAAAAAAAAAGAACUGUACUAUAACAUAAUUUUAGACUGUACCCCUUUCUGA